CACGCCAGCCUUACUGUUAACACUCACUCAGGAAUGGUCCCUCUCUACGCGCAAAUUAAUAAAUGGACAUGUGAGUGCACCAUGCAGUGAGUCGACUCACGCCCCUGAAUACACAUGGACUCACGCCUCCCUCCCCUCGGCUAUCCACCCAUCCAUUGGGGGGAGAAGACAUUGACUCACAGCGCAACGGCAGGCAGAGUCGGUCUGUCUCUCAUGAAAUGACCUGCGUCAAUCGACCAACCCUCCCUCAAUCACGCGACAAACAUGCCAGCACCAUCCUCACCGCCCGCCGGGCCGGCGUAUCUACCAUCGGCGCCGCCCACCACGCACACACACACUCGCACUACGAACCCACCGCAUCACCUGGCUUUACGACUUGUCUGCCCACGCAGCCUUGGUGCGCACCACACACCAUUGGCCGAAAAAAACCAUUGGGCAGGCGGCUGCCCAAUGCGGCUGAAGGCUGAAAAAAUCGUUGGCCUCUCUGCCCCACACACCAUCCACCGUCACGCAUAAAGGGGUGAGUGGAUGGACUUGUCUGUCCUCGCACACACGCCGGUGGUAGGCUUUCUUGGCCUCGGCAUCCACCCGUCAGAUCUUCCUGAUGACGAACACAUGCGACUUGAUGCCCAGGGGGCCCGGCCGGUUGCCGUACGACCGCACCAACUCCCCCCUCAGUGUCACGUAGAACUGCUUGACCCCGGCCGCAACGGCAUCAGCUGCAUCAGCGGGAUUGUGACCUUCGAGGCCGCCCGACGCUGCCGCUCUUUUGCAGUCGUCAGCCAUGAAGGAGGUGACCAUGCCCUCCGCCCAGCCGCGGGCCGACAACAUGAGCUGCACACAUUCAAACAGCUCACACACGCCAUCCAUCAGGUCUGUGUGUCAGUGUCUGUUUGCUCACGUCGUCGAAGAACAUCUCGGUGGCUUUACCCUCGUCGCACUGGCCGGAGGCGACCCUCGUGUUGUAGGCAUGCAGGAAGACCUCGUUGUCUGCCGUCCAGAUGGCCUCCAGCUGCAGCGGCAGCUCCGUGUGUGUGGCGGGACAGGGCAGUGGGCACUCGUCGUGGGCCGGCCGUCGACGCCCUCCCACGGCUGCAGCAGUGUGGACAUGGGGAGGAAGACAAAAGGCAGGGACGCCUUGCUCGCCGUCUCGCGAGACACCCUGACACAGCAACAGCAUUCACUGUGUGCGUGUGUGUGAUAUGGGGGUCUACCAGCCCUCAUCAGCCAUGACGUUCACGACGUUGUGGACGGCCUUGAACACGCCGCCCCCUUCCUUUGUUUCCACCCAUGACACGACGAUGCGGCCGCCCGGGACGAGCUCGGCACUGCGGAGGCGCAGAAACGUCUCCAACUCCCGCUGCUUGACCUAACAAUACCACACCAGACACCACCACAGACAGAGAGAUUUGACAGACGGACACCGUGUGUGUGUGAUGGGGACACACACGUACCUGCAGCCACGCUUGUGUGGCCUCUUUGUCUGUGGAACACUGGAAGACCAGCCCAUCGGACAGGGGCCUCGGCUGAUGGUCCAUCCUACACGGGCGUCACAACCGGAACAGACGUGGAUGGACGAGUGGGCAGGUGCCCUCAGAUGAUACAUGUGGGGGUCAUGUACUGCAGUGGCACACAUAAGUACAUACCAGUGGAUCGAGUUGAAGGCGACCACCAAGUGAAGACUCUCGUCGGGCGCCUGACGCUCGUACUACACACAACACACACACACAGUCGAUGAAUGCCGCCCGUGUUGCUUGCCCCUCCCCGUUCCUCACCAUUGUCUUCCCGGACGCAAAGGCCAUGGCUGUCGGCGGGCCCCCAGCGGCGUAGCCCGCCGGCGCAUUGACCGUGUUGAAGAGCUCUGCCCAGUGGUUGGAUGGCAGGUCGUUGUGGAUGACACACAGACACCGAUGGCCGCCGAUUUCAUGUCGGUGCUCUUGCAUGGCCUUGUGCACGGCCGCCAUCAUUCCAUCGGACGCCUUGCCGUGACCACACCUGCACGUCAAAGCAAUCCAUCAACACACGAAAGCGAAAGACGAGUCGAUGUGACGUCAGCCGCUCACACAUGUGUGCUGUGCCAAUACAUACCCGCAGUCGAGGGCCCACACGGGGCCAAGGUUGUUGCCUCUCUGCCGCUCUCCCUUGAGCGUCUUGAUCAGCCCCUCGGACACCACCGAAUGCCACAGACGCGCCGCAGCCUGCAGCCCACAGCACAGCAAAUCACAGAAUCAGUGAGUGAAUGCAACAGGGGAUACCGGCAAGUGUGUCGGUCUGUCUGUGUGUGUGUGUGGGCACGCACCUGCUGCCAGUGGCUGCCGUCCUUAUUGUACGACUUGCCCAUCACGGGCGUCACGACACCCGCCAUCCUUGCCAUGGAUCUUUCUCUCUCUUUGUGUGGGUGUCAGUCACCUGCCGGCCUCUGCUGUCGUAUUUGUUGCUCUGGGC